UUGUGAUUAUGAAUAAAGUUAUGGAUGUUUUGUAAAAAAAAAUGUAUUUUGUGUGUCCUCAGUUUGAGAGAGAUGGAGGAGACAAGAAUAGUAGUAGCAGGUGGAUGGACCAAAAAAUGGCAUUCCUGCAUCCGUCCGUCUUUCUUGGCUGCCUGCCUCACUGACUGCCUUCCUUCCUCAACAAACCACAAUCUCUACCGGUUAAUUAAGAUCCUGGUAAUUAAUUACAUGCAUUCGUUAAUUCCCACUCCUCUCCUCUCCUGUAAUCGAUCGAUUCAUUCAGUCGUCCUUGUUAAUUUCAUUCAUUUCAUUUUGAUUAUGCAUCAUGCGUGCGUUCCCCCGUAGGAUUGGAGAUCAUUUCAUUCAUUCCUGAUCAUUCUUCUUCUGCUGUUAUUGUCUUGAUGAUGCAUGCAGAUCCACCAUGUUCAUGUUGUGAGCUCAUCGGGUGCGCCGGCGGUCGACCUGCGGUGGUGCCGGUGCCGGUGCCAUGGACGAGGAGGAGGAGAUUGAGGGGGUGCCGGCCUUCUUCCACCGCCACCCUCUCCUCCUCUGCUUCCUCCUCUUCCUCGCCUUCACCUACGCCUUGGUCUACCCCGUCUUCGCCUUCAUCCUCGCCGCCGCCCCCGUCCUCGUCCUCACCGCCCUCCUCCUCGGCCUCGUCCUCCUCCACAGCGUGCCCCAGGACCACGACCCACAUGUCUACAACAAGAUCAGCCACCGCCCACCUCAAGUCCAACCAAGCACCACAGGCGCCAUCACCACACAUCACCACCGACCCUCCCACGAAUCCAGCGACUCCUCCUCCUCCGUCGACGAAAAUGACCACCACCCACCCACCAUGUCCAACGCCACCUCGCACGCCUCCUUCCCCGACACCGCCGCCAACAGCGAAUCAGAAUCAACCGACUCUGACCACGAAGAAAAGCAGCACAACCACCAGCGCUCCGAGAAAAAGGACGCGGUGCGGGCCGUCGCGUGGACGGCUGAUGACGCCAAGAGCAUCGAGAACAUCGGCUCGCUCGAGCUCGAGAUGAACGCCACCGUCGAGAAGCUCAUGUCCAGGCGCCGCGCCCGCGGCCACCAGCGACCUCUCCACCACCACCACCACCAGCAGCACGUCAUGGAGCUUGACGACCCGUCCAAGCUCAGCAUCGCCACCAGGAAGAGGAACCCCUUCGACCUCGACGGGCCCUACGACGAAGACGACAACUUCCCCGACUCCGCACCCUCCAUGCUCGGCCUACGCCCCUCGCGCAACCCCUUCUUCGAUGAUAUGGACGACGAUCUCCAGCACCAAGCACCACCGGAGCCGUCGUCCAUCCCAGGGGCCCCGGCAGCGCAGAAGAAUGCCAUGCUGUUCCGACGGCAUGAGAGCUUCACCGUGGGUGCGCCGUACGUGAGCGACUUCCGGCCAUCCCGCUUCAGGCCCUACUUCGUCACCGAGAAGAUGCAGGGCCAGCCGGUGACGGUUCCCGAGGCCAGCCGCGAGAGCAGCUCCUCGUCCACGUCUUCCUCCUCUGCGGGUGCCACUGCUUAUGCCUAUGCCUAUGCCUAUGCCUACGCCUCCGCCAACAAAGAAGAAGAGGCAGCAGCAGAACAAGAAGAAGCUUUGGCAGCAGCAGAAGCAGAAGCAGCAACAAUGUUGGAGGAGGUGAAGCCUACCGUUGAGUACAGCAGCAGGUCUCAUGAGGUGGCGGCGGUGGACGUGGAGCUCAUCAGCGACUCUUCCGACGACGACAUGACACUGCCUGGUGGUGGCCAUGCCCAUAAAGGGCAGCAUGUACAGGCACAGCAGCAGCAGCAGCAGGAGGAGGAGGUGGCUGAGCAGGAGCAGCAAAUGAAGAUGGAGCAGGAGCAGGAGCAGCGAAUGAAGCAGCAGUUGGCUGAGCAGGAGCAGCGGAUGAAGCAGGCGGCUGAGCAAGAGCAGCAAAUGAAAAUGCAAAUGCAGCAGCAGCAGCAGCAGCAGCUGGCGUUAUCAGACGACGACGAGGGGGAUUCGUUUGAGGUGGAGAGCAUCACGAAACAAGUAGCAGCAGCGGCAGCGGGCAAAACCAAACAGCUUGAGACAGAUCCUGCGUACGACUAUAGCCCGUCAAAGACGGAGAAGGCAGCAUUUGCCCAGUUACCUCCUCCGGCGCCGCCAAAUAAGCUGCAGACGAUGCGGAGAGUGUUCUCAGAAGAAGACGCGGACGAGCCAUGGGCAGCGCCGAGCGGACUGGAGGAGACAGCUGAGGAUGAGGGCAGGGAGCAAGACCCUCCUCUUUCUGCUCCUGCUGCUGGUGCUGCCCCUCCUCUUUCUGCGGCCGCCAAGAAAGCUAUCGGCAAGUCCACCAAGUACAAGCCGCCAUCCAAGAAGGCAGUCUUAGGCUUCUUCCGCAAGUGACAACACAUGCGUCUUCUCUUCUCUUCUUCUCUGUAGUAGACAACACAUGCAUGCCUCCUAUACUCGAUCUCUCAGGACCUCAAUGUAAAAAAAACCCAAGGAAGAAAGCAAAUACGUACCUUUUACUGAUUCUUGCCUGCAGGCUCUGUACAUUAUUAUGUAGGAAGAUAUUCCUUACUUCAUCAUAUCGUAACGAAUCUUUAUGCUUUAGCAAUGCACCACCACGCGAAUUAUUCCAUCCAUAUGUAUGUACUCACUCAGAUUCCUUGUCUGACCACCAAGCAACCGUAUAAUAUUAAUACCGUGUUUCUAUAUUUC